AUGAAAUUACCUUCUAAAAAUAAAUUACCGGAUUAUUACGACAUAAUAAAAAAACCUUUGGAUAAAAAGAAAAUAUUUAACAGGAUAGAAGAUGAAAAAUAUUCGGAUUUUGACGAUUUGGAAAAGGAUUUUACUCAAAUGUGUAAAAAUGCUCAAAUAUACAACGAAGAACCUUCUCUCAUACACGAAGAUUCAAUCGUCCUUCAAUCCGUUUUUACGAACGCGAGACAAAGAUUGGAACAGGAUGCGGAAACGGAUGAGGAUAAAGACGGAGGAGACGAGGAUGGAAAUUCCGAAUCGGAAUCCGUUAAAAUGAAAAUAAAAAUAAAAAGUGGAAAAGGAGGAAGAGGAAGCACGAGAAGGAGGAAAACUCAACCAAAGUACACGAAUAGCGAUGACAAAGAUGAUUGA